AUGGCGGAUGUGUCAGGGAGGCUGCUGGGGGUGACAGUGGAGGGAGGAGAAGAACCUUUUUGGUUGGUUGCGGCGUACCUUCCGGCGCAAGCCUGCAAUAGAGCAAGGUUUCACAAGGAGCACUUAGAGCCUUUCGUGCAGGCACAACCAGCCUCGAAGCACCUGGUGGUUGUGGGGGAUCUCAACAUAAUUGCUGAUCCAGAGUUAGAUCGGUCGCCGGAAACAGGGUCGGGGAGGGAGAACCAGCGAUUCGUGGAUGCCUGGCAACCUCACGGCCUCUGUGACGCUUUCCGCGCCCUGUUCCCCGCAGAAAAGGAGUACACCUUCAGGGUGAGAGCCACGGGGUCGACAUCUCGCAUUGACAGGGCUUUGGUCUUGGUGUCGCUGCUAGGCAACCUGGAAGGAGCUCGCCAUGUGGAGGUGCCGAGGAAGCUGUCGGACCACAGUUUUGCCAUCAAGAUUCGGCUUAAAUUCGUAUCGGAGCACGCGUCUGGGCCGAGACUCUGGAGGUUUAACGCAAGAAAGAAGAAAAAAGAGGGGGUGAGGAAAAUUGUUAAGGCGCUCGCGGAGGCGCUCAACCGGUCAGGCCAAGGGUCGCUGGAGAGGGUGAUCUCGAGGCUGUCGACGGGGCUGCGUAUGCAUGAGAAGGAAGAGAGGAAGAGGGUGGCAGCGACGCAGCUGCAUCUGACGGAGGAAGUUGAACGGAUGCGACAUUUGGUCAUGGGCGGACCGUCAGGCGACACAACGAAGGCGCUGCUACUCACCAGGGAGGAGCAGUUGGAAGCCUAUCGAGAGAACGAACGAGAGAGGCUGGAGGUCUUUGAGGGGCUCACGGAGGAACUGCAGGGAGAGAUCCCGUCACCCUUCCUGUCUGCCAAGGUCAAGAUGAGGAAGGAACGCACGAACGAUUUCAGUGUGGACGGGGUUUUGCCGGCGGAAGCGGUAGUCAAGCUUGGGGCCGCGUGGACUGAGAAGGAGGUGAAGGAGGCGCUGGAAGGGCUGCCAAAAGGGAAGUCACCAGGGCAGGAUGGGCUCCCGGCGGAGCUUUUCGUGGAGCACUGGGACCUGUUGGGGGGGGCUUUCAUGAGGUUUGUCAGAGAUUUCGAGGUGACGGGGGCAUUACCAGAAUCGUUGACUACAGCAGUAACUGUCCUGCUGCACAAGAAGGGGGAGAAAGACUUGCUGACCAACUACAGGCCGAUAACGCUACUUACGACGGUUUACAAGGUACUUGCGAAGGUGCUGGCGAACAGGCUGAAGCAAGAGCUGCAUCAUAUAAUCUCGAAGGAGCAACACGGUGUGUAA